AUGGGCCUAAAAAAGAUCGUUCCUGAAGCGAUUAAAAAGCUCGCUGAUAGAAAAAACUCGCCAUCUCCAACACGGCGGCGUGGCCUUAUCGGCGUCAAGGACUGCUUUGGAUUGCCCUACGAGUGGGAACACGCGCCGGAGGUGCCGAUUUCUAGCAUUAGCGAAUUCCAAGCCCGAGCUACCCACCCCUCCUUAAAACUCAAUUGGCAUGAAGCGGAGCGAAUCGAAAAAAUGCUCAACGGAGAAGACACAUGUCCGUCUAUCGUUGAGAUUACCUGCGAGCCAAAGCGGUCCUUCAUCGUCGCCAAGGAGGAUAAUGGAGGCGUUCGCUACGUCGUUCGCACUGACGCUGGCGAGAACAAGUGCCGUCAAAAGCCUCUUCCGCGAGCUUCUGACCAAGACGGCGACUCUGAGUCGGAGUUGAUUUUUACGCCAAUGUCGACCCGUCAAGACGAUUCCGUUCCGUCCACAAGUCGCUGUGGUGUUCCUCAACUCGACCAAAAAACGGUUGGAAUGCAAAAGAGUCUUCCAUUUGGAGUCGACGAGAAGCGCUGGAGUAAAGAUGCGAAGCCGUCUCAAAUCGACGUCAAGGCGGGCACGGUCGCGCCUUUGUACCACAAAGUUGACCGUUUUGAACAGAAGAUUGUAAAAGAUCUUGGCGGUUCGAUGACUUCUGAGUCGUCAAAAAAAGCGGCUGAAGAUUUCGCCGAAGAAAAAAGCUCUUGGUGCUUGAAUCGCCGCGAGCUCCAGACAAUCUAUGCUACCGCUGCGGAUAGCGUCCGCGGUCUUCGUCCCACUCUUGCCGAAACGACUGUUGGCAAGUUUCUUCAACGUUCUGCUGUACUUGUCGAGGGCGAGUCUGACGAUGUCGAGAUCAUUCGUCAAAAAGUAAUUGCCGCGCAAAUCGAGAACAUCGAGGAUGACAAGUACUGGACGAAGCCCGGUAAAUACGCUGGGCCGAAAAAGUCGUGGGAAGUUUUGGCGGGUUUUCACGCACAAUUUUCUCAGGACCUCGCCGACAACUUGUGCAUUGAAGUACUCUAUGUUUGGGUUCGAUUCGGGGGCGAAAACUGGAAACUUCUGGACAUCAACGAUCCAGAGCUCGGUCCGCCGUCGAUUGUCAUGAUGGCCAUCAACGAGUUGAAGAUGAAGCCGUACUUCCCAUGGCCCACCUUUUUCAAGGACAAUUUCGCCGUGGAUAAGGCUCGACUUCUUUUGGCGCUCGACUUUGUUCCGUUACCGACGGAACCUCCAGCUAAAAUGGUCGCUCCUGCGCCAGAGAUCCUCGCUGUUCUUGGCCGAGCCGACGAAAUUUACCGACAGUCCGCGCCAGCGCAAAUCCAGGCGUUAUCCGACUCAAUUGAGCUAAAGCUCUUCAAAGGGAUCAGAGCCCUACCAGAUCACGAAAUGACGGCCUUUCUUGACAGCUCGGAGAAUGACGAUGUGACGCUUUUUGAGCGUUUUGCUAUUCUUCGGGAUCGAAUGGACCAGUACUUGGGCCGCGACCGUGUCCACUCAACGGAGUAUCGAGGAUCCGCUACAUUCCUUGAUAUGCUGAAAAACCUUCGCUCCGUACUUCCGGAGGUUUUUCAAGAAAACGUCGAUUAUAUCCCGACAAAUGAGGCGAUUCAAAUCUACCUUCUCCGCGCCUCGCAGACACCUGCCAGUGAAGAUGGGGCUUUUCUUGCAUUGUUUGGCCUAUCUUCUCCGAUCCCUGCAAAGUUCUUCAAGGCGCACGCAUUUGAGGUAUUUCCUCAAUCUUCAAAACUUGAAAAAGUUUUGCCCUUCGCUGUCAAAUAUCGACACGAAAUUAUCACAGCUUUCAAGGCGCAAUCACCAUCGAUUCUAAAGGUCUUGGGCGACGACUCCUCACCGUUCCUUGAAACGCAAUUCAAGUCCAAGCCCGUUCGUCGACUGCCAGACCACAAGGACGACAGCGGCGAUGAAGAAAAGGCAACUUCGGCCACGAUGGAGGACAGCAACAAUAACAACUCCCAGGUUGUUUACAUAAGCAGUGACGAUGCUCCUGCAAAAUACAUGAGCGACGAAGAAGACCGUUCCGGCGCCGACUUCCGCUUGGAUUGCCCAUCGACAAGCAGCGAAGACGAGAUUGUCGUCCCAAAAACGCAUGACUAUUGGUGCUCUCGAGGGCAUUAUUACAAUCGGCAUUGCCUGGAGGCGUCAAGAUCAACAACUACGGACCCGCCGACUACAACAACGCAGUCCGCCCCCGCUCCACCUCCGACCAGUAAAGAGUCUACGUUUUCAUCUUUGGCUACCAUUGAAACUACUUCAACGACGUCGACAGUUGAAACGACUACAACAUCUACAGAAGAGGUGACCACAGCUAUUCCAAGUACCGAGCAGUUGGUAACACGGCAGAAUUCUACCGAGCCCAGCGCAGUUGCCGCCGGCGGCGAAGAAAAUUUUGAGUCAAGGCUGCCAACUUGGAAGAUCCUUCUGCUCUUCGUUGCCGCCUUGCUCAGUUUCUACCUAAUCGUCUCAUGCAUCAUCAAAUACCGAAAUCCAAACGAAAAUUGCGGUCUCAUUCGUGUUGUAAUUUUCAAGCACAUUCGAGAUUUCUUUUUCGAUCUUCUGUUCUUCUUGGUGGAUGUUUUUCGAUACUGGUGUGGCUGUUUGCGGGAACAUCAGCGACCGCGUUGGGGAAUGUUUCACGAUCAGCGGAUCCAGCGUUGGUGCCCUUCGUGCUGUCGAGCCAAUCGAAACGACCGUGACGCUGCAAGAAACGACGAGUAUUACCAGGAGCAGCAACGAAAGAACCAACGACGGGCAGAGCAGUGGCAGAGGGCAAAUGCUCAAGCGGAAAGACUUGCGAUGCAGGAGCGGCAACAGCGUCAAGAGUGGCUUCUUUUCGAUCAACAACGCAGGCAGCAGCAUUCUGAACGACGAGAGCCGCAGAUUCAUCCAGCACCUCCUGUCCAGAGUCAACCUCAGUCGCGUCGCCAACUGACUCGAGAACAAUGCGCACCUCCUCCAAGUUACGCUCAACUCUCACGAGACCCAGACGAUGAUGAAAACCAGGGCCCGAGAGAGCCUUUGCGCCGCAAAAGAUCUCUGCGAGAGCUGGUUUUCGGUAAGUCUCCGAAAAAAAAGAGCCCUUCUGGCGGAGCUCCUGCUCAAACGACUCAGUUUUCAAUGGGAAACAUCGUUAAUGAGAUAGGUGAAGCUAAUAACAACGAACCAGCGCCGCCGAGUUACGAUUUUACCGAAAAAGAAAACUUUGAUUCCAUCUCUGAAGAAGAAGAGCCGCCGACAGAAGAAGAACAAGCCGCGCAAUGGUUAGAAAAGAACUUUUCAGCCGCGCCCGUCAAGUCUGAAGAAUCGAGCUCGUCCGAAAGCGAAGAUGAGAUUGAUUCCACUACGCUGGCUGAGCUAAAAAAGUUAAAUCCCGGCGUAGAGGAGCUUUCUAUUAGUAAAGAACCUGUGAAGCCCGCGUCGGUUGUCCAAACGAAUCCUCAACUAAGCCAUCUGGUGCGCAAGGGAUCUCUUCGACGGAAACAACCGUGCCCGGCCCAUCCUCUUGCUACCCACAGCGUCGACAGCUCGUCCUUUUUGGAAAAGAAGACGGUUAAAGAAGAAGCUUCCGCUGCGGAUGAGGUUAUCGAUCCUGCUGUCGGGCCUACAAAAAAACCGCCGAAAACUCCAGAAUGUGCUGAAGACGACGACUCGCCAAAUUUCCGACAAGUGGUUAGCAGCAUUCGUAAAAAAUACGAUCUUAUGAAGCUCGUCAACAAAGAUCUCAAGAUCCAGGAUGUCAAGCUUGAGUACGAAAGCGCGCCGAUGAGUCCAAUGUCAAAGAUAUUCAAUGAGCGUCCUGUCCAACAACCUCGAAUUUGGGGUCCCCCAGGUCGUAACGCAGCUGCGCCCUUGAUUAAAAGCCCCCCGGAAGAAAAAGAAGCCCUGGUCGACGAACACGAUUCCGUUUCUUUUGUAAAAGAGGAUUCAGAUAUUCCCGUAAUGUCGAUUGAAAAAGAAGGCAAAGAAAUGGCUUCACUUACAGAGCAAAAGGAUGAUCUAGAUGAAAGCGGCGCGUCUUUUCACAGUGCAGUUUCAAUGCCAUACGAUUCCCCGGUCGCGAUUAUGAAUAGCUUCAAAUCGUAUAACCGAUUUGAGAAAGUUGGUGAGAACUCAAACGACUCCGAUAAUAUCGAAAUCGUCGACGAAGUUUGCGUCAAAAUCGAAGGCGAAAAAGAGCCAACAAAAUCAGGGGGCGAUAACGGAGAUCCUGCUCGAUCGUCUUCUAGUGUUACUCCUCUUCCGUCGGAAAGUGCUUCUGUGGAAGAUGACUGUAAUAGCGACGAUUACAGUGAUGACGACGUGUUUGAAGGCAUUCCUCACGAUCGCCGAGUAGUUGUUACUACUACAACGUCUUCAGUGUCGUCUUACGCGUCAUCUGUUCUUUCUCAAAGCACCGUCACGACAACAUCAUCAGGCUCCACCUGCACAAGCGGACAAUCGGGCUCCACUUCAACUAGCGGUUAUCAAUCGUCUGCCGCCCAAGAAGAUGCCGUUAGCUUCGAAAACGAUCCGAUUCAAGCCAAGAAGGGCAAACGAGCAGACCAAUCUGCGUCGACCACCAAGUCGGCUAAAAAGGCGAAACCAGCACCAGCGCAGACGGACUCUCCUCGACGAUAUCCCAGACGAAAGUGUCGACAAACCGAUCGCCUGACUUACAAUCACGGCGAUCUUUUUUAA